AAGGCAGGGGCAGAAGGGUGUAGGAAGCAAGACUGACUACCAAAUGGGCACAAUGUUGGAAGUAUUUCUGUCUGCGUUGUUUGCUGUUGCUUUGGUCCAUUCAGAUGCUGUUGGCAUGACAGAAAAGACACCAGUUGGGCCAGGAUUUCUCCAAGAUGUCAACACCACUGACUCUGGUGUUCAAAAUGCCAGCUUAAUUGCAAUCUAUGGUUACAACAACCAAUCAAAUGAUAUCUUCCUGUAUAAAGUUCAGAAGAUACAUAAAGCACAAGUACAGGUUGUUGCUGGUCUGAAAUAUUUUCUCUAUGUUGAUAUUGGGAGAACAGUGUGUCGCAAAGGAAGACCAUAUAAUCUCAAAUACUGUUCAUUUGAAAUACAUCCACUGCUGAUUAAGGAUUUCAGGUGUACUGGGCAGUACUUGCACAGAAAUUGCACACGGCAACUCCACUUUGGUACAAAUAAAAUCACGGUUGACUUGUCAUUUUGAACUCUGGGUUGUUUUAUGGAAACAAAGUUGGAAAGUGAUUGCAACAAGUUGCCAGUGAAUCCUUCAGGACUGUAUUCGUUCCCUGUGCUAAUACUUGAAGCAUUUCCACAGAGUGGUGGAGUUACUAUUCAAUUUCACCAUUUCUGUUUUCUGCCUGAAGUGUUGAAGAGAAGAUUCAGUGUCCUGCAUAAUUCAUGAAGAACUCCUCCUCAUCUAGAAAUGGCCAUACUUUUACACUUUAAAGAAUACAGCUGCUGCUAUUGGAAGCCGUACACUGUUUUUUCGAUGGUUUUUUUCUUUGCCUUAAUGGUAUCAACCAACACAUUUCAAAUGAGUUAUUGGUGAUGUUGAAUAAGGCAUUGCAUUUUAUAGAUCUUUUUGCAAGCUCAGAAUAUCCCAAAGAGAUUUACAACAAAGUGCUUUUGAAAAGUGUAGCUGCUUUUGUAAUAUAGGAAUAUUGGCAAACAUUUUGUGCAAUGUCUUGUAUCAGCAUUGGUCAAAUCAACUGUCGUCUGUUCUUCAAAAUAAAGAAAUGGAAUCUUUUUACAGCAA